AAAUCAAAACAAGAACAAGAAGAUGCAAUUAUCGAACAAGCAAAAGCAAAACAAAAAGUACUAGAUACAAUUAUCGAACAAGCAAAAGCAAAACAAGAAGAAGAAAACGCAAAACAAAAAGUACUAGAUACAAAUAUUGAACAAAAAAGAAGACAAAAAUUACAACUUGAAGUCGAAAAAAGAAAGCUUGAAGAAAAUAUUUCAGGAGCAAAGCGACUGAAGACAUAUGAUGAACAAGUAACAGCAACAUCUGAUCGAAGCAACACUUCAUCAUAUAAACAUCACCGUUAUUACAAAUUCUUUAUAAAAGAUGAUAUAAAAAAAUUCAGUAUUAAGUCGUUGUUAUAUGAUAUCGAUAAUAUUAAUGAUAAUAUGAUCCAAAUUUUUGAAGAGUCUUUUCAGCCAUUCAUCUCACAAAAAAAAAUAUUACAAGAUGUUGUUCAAUCUACAUUGAAUGAUUCAAUAAACAAGUUAUUUGAUGAAUUUAACAAUUACACAUCAUUAAAAUGUCUAAAUACCAGUUCUAAGAAAUAUUUAAAACUAGAAAAAAGUCCUGAUUGCACUUUUAUAUAUAAAAAUAUUAAUAUUGAUAUUAAAGAUCAAUGUACAUCUUUAGAAGAUUUUGUUAUUUUUGUUGGUGAAUUUAAAUCAACCAUGCAAUCAAUUGAUUCACUAGCACAUAUUGCACAAUUAUGCGAAUAUUUAGUUCAUGUAUUAAUGACACAAAAUCGUACAAAAGUCUAUGGUUUUAUAACAAAUCUUCAAUUUAUAAGAUUCUAUUAUGUUGAAAAAGAACAAAAUUCACUUUCCUUUAAAUAUUACCAAAGUGAGAAAUUAAAAAUGUUUUAUAUGCCGUCUAAUUUAAAAAAGUCGUCAUCGGCAUCAUCAUCAUCAGCUGUUAAUAAAAAAGCAUCCAAUAAUGAAGUAGAAGAAAGAGUUCUUGUUAAAGACACAAUAAAAAUAUUCAUUAAAUUUUUAACUAUGACACCUGACUUUUAUCAAUAUACAAUGUUACCUAUAGAUCCUGAUGAUUAUUUCUUUGAUGAUCAAUAUUAUAUAAAAAGAAGAAUAGGUAGUGGUCUUACUUCAAUGGUCUAUUCAUUAAUUAAUGCAAAUUAUAAUGAAACAGUUACUGAUGAAACAUAUCGUAUAAUGAAAAUUUGUAAAGACGAAGAUUACUGUGAAUUGUUGAUGAAUGAAAUUGAUAUAGUCGAGCAAUUAAAAAGUUUCAACGAUCCAAAUAAUUUUAAUUUAUUUUUUUUAAAUAUUGAAGAAUUUUCAGAUGAAGGUAAAUUUAUUAUAUUUGAAAAAUCAUUGAUGCCUUUAGAAUCAAUAAAAAUAUUUCAAGCAGAACAACUUAUUAGUAUCAUGGAAUAUUUAUAUAAAUCUCGUAUAAUUCAUCGAGAUAUACGUCCACAAAACGUGAUGCAUGAUAUACACCAUAAUAAUUUAAAAUUGAUUGAUUUUGGCUUCGCUACAGCAUUGAAAAAUGAUGAAAAUACAAAAGAAUUAGAAGUUGAAGGUGUUAUUUCAUAUGGUGGUCUUAAAUUUCUGAAACUUUAUUUAGAAGGAUUAGAAAAAAAAACUUUUUUUACAUAUCAAUAUGAAAGAACUUUUGAUCUACAAUGUUCAUUAAAUGUUAUAAUGUAUUUCAAGGAUUCUACAAUUGCAACAAAAGUCAAGUCAUUCAAGCAUUUAUCUCUUCAAAAAAGAGCUACUACAUCAUACGAAUUCUGGCUUGAACUCAAACAGAAUGAUAAAAAUUAUAAUGAUUUAUUAAAUUUAAUUGAAAAUGUAUCAAAUGUAUUAGAUUUUCAAACUAUCAAACGACGUAUUAAAGUAUUGUUCGAAUGA